UGUGAAAACUGGAUUGGUAACACACGAUCGAGCAAAAAAUAAAUCUGUAUACAUUACACAAUUGAAUUUGCCCAAAAUCACUGUAAUUUCCAAAGUCAAAAGCUUUUGUUGAUGUGUGCACAUGAUUUCAGAGUUCUCAUUUUAGACAUUUACUUCACAGGCGUGAAAAGUUCCCUUCGGUUAUCCCUGAAUGCUUAAACUGGUUAUUACCAAUUAUGCUGUCAAGAUCUUUUUCUGUAUGGGACUUCCUUCUCAAAUGUUUAGAAUCUACAUUGUCAUUCCAGUCCAAAAGAACAAGAUGUAUUCUCAGUUUGGAAUAAAAAACGUACAUAAUAAUGCUUUAUUAAAUGCAUCCACAACCCUAGUACAAAUUAACCUUAUUGUAAACAAGCUCAGCACGGAUACAGUUUAGUCAGCUAUAACAUAUUUCAGUGGUUAAAGAUGCACUCUUACUCCCAAAUAAGAUAUACCGCAAUUAAUAAUAUUGUUUUGAUAUUCCAAAAAAAGAAUGAAUGAAUGUCGAAAACAAUGGUUCUUAUGAAGGUUACCUAGUCUAAACCGACAACAUCCGAUGCCUCGGCAGCGAGUAAAUGGGGAGUGGCUUAUUUUAAAUUCCCUCAGCUAUGUAACUGUUUGUUAAACUCAGUGUUCUAUCUUAAGAACACAGUGGAGAAAUGUAAAAAUCAGGCCUGCUCCCCACACCACUAUCUACUAUCUGAAAUAAAGUUGACCAAAUAAUCUUUUCCAUAUGUUUACUUUGAAAUGAUUGUUUUCCUUUUUCUUAUUUUUUUCUAAAUUCCACAAGAUCUUUUUCUGUAUGGGACUUCCUUCUCAAAUGUUUAGAAUCUACAUUGUCAUUCCAGUCCAAAAUAACAAGAUGUAUUCUCAGUUUGGAAUAAAAAACGUACAUAAUAAUGCUUUAUUAAAUGCAUCCACAACCCUAGUACAAAUUAACCUUAUUGUAAAGAAGCUCAGCCCGGAUACAGUUUAUUCAGCUAUAACAUAUUUCAGAUGGUGUUGACACCUUUAAUUGAUAAUUAAAUGCACCCACUGGCUAGAAUCUGGUUUGUGUAUUGAUAACUGAAAAACAAAUUCACAUUUGAAUCAAAAAGGAGGGAAUAUAGUUAUACAUGAACAUUUGCAAAUCAUGGAACUAGGUACUGCCUUCUGUUAGAAUACUUACUUUGGGACGAAUAAGAAUACUCAGAAAAUGCCACAAAAACUCAGAACAAAGAGAGAUAUAUAGUUUACAUUUCUGAAGAUCAACAGGAGAUGUUCACUAUACAUGGCGGGGAUAUAUACAUUUGUAAUGAUGACAAAAGGUUUGAUAGAGAAAUGAAGGAGUAAAUAACACUGAAGCAAUGCAAUGAGGUUUAUAAAGAAAGAUUCAAAAAGACAAAUAUGAAAACAGUGUAACAUACUUUAACCUGGGAAAAGAUUCACAAGAAUGAUUAAUUAACGCUUCAAAAGGAAACGUGUAAGUUUCAUAGAAAACAAUGAAAUUGAAAAUUUAACAUAUGAAGCUGAUGAUAUCAAUCAAUAAUUUCUGGACAUAGUUAAAACAUGUGGAAUAAAAACAUAUCAAGAUCACAAGGAGAAUCAAGUGAUAGAAGACAAGACCCGUUAGACCGGUAUAAGGGAGCAAUCAUUCUUUAAGCCUGUCUUCAACACCUCAUCCAGGACAAUUCUGCACCUCAUCCAGGACAAUUCCGAUGAAGUUGAAGAUCACGAUUCCAAUAUCUAUUACUGCCCUGACAUAAUGGAGUACAUUGGAAACAAAUACCUGCCACUGUACCCGCUUUGAAGCGGAUGUUUCCUUGGGGAGGUGGAUGGAGUAAAACAAACCAGAUUAAUGACCACCUCUUCAUAUUUGAAAAGGAAACAAACGCGUUAGGAAGUUACCAACUAAGUUCAAAGGAGCUGACAGAUCUUCGACAGUCAAAUAUACACAUUGAAAAACUCGCACAGAGCUACCUUUUGUACCCCGAAUCACCAAAUGUAGCAGACGAGGGAACACAUAGUAGGGAACAACGAAGUCUAAAAGAAGAUCAAUUUCAUAUUCAUCAGAACUUCAUGAACAUUUGUCGACCAUAUUUCGACCAAAGCUUGGCAAUUGACCUCAGCUGGAAGGAACAUAAUGUCAGCGGGCGUGAUAUUGUUGUCGGGGUAACAGACGUUGGAAUAAAUACAGACAAUGUGUACCUACGUGAAAAUAUACAGUUGGAUUUAUCAUACAAUUUUGUUGACAACAAUUCAAAUACGAUUCCUACGAUUCUGCCGGGGAUAAUUGGAUCUUUGCAUGUGACAAACCAUGGCAACGCAUGUGCAGGACUUAUCGCACGCCCAAAAACAAACGCUUUAUGUAAUCCAUGUGGAUUAGGCGUGGCGUAUAAGGCAAAGGUGGCAGAUUUGCAAAUAGCGAAGGUUCGAAAAACACAUUGGAUGUUACCCCAUAUUGACUCUGCAAAUUAUGCAAAAGCUCUUGCUUACAGACGUGACGCUAUUCACAUAUAUUCCAACAGCUGGGGUUCAAAUCAACCAUUUACUGAAUUGGAAUUUUAUGAAGUUGAUGUUUUGAAAGAAGGUAUUAAACACGGUCGAAACGGACUGGGGUCAGUGUACGUCUUUCCUGCUGGCCACCCUGGUUCUGGAUUGGUCAAUUACGUUGGAAGUAUCCCAGUGGCAUGCAUGGAUGUAAAUGGUUCUGUGGCUGACGUCAGCCAGGUUAAUGCAGCAACAAUUGUGUCUGUGUUUUGUAAUGGCAGGAGAAGAAUUGAUGAUAGAAUGAUUACAGUUGGACAUGAUGACAGAAGAUGUUUUACGGAAUUCGGAGGUGAAUCUGCGGGAACCGCCAUUGUUUCUGGAAUGAUCGCCCUACUGUUAGAAGCAAACCCGGCUCUAUCCAUCAGAGACAUUACACAUAUUUUGGUCGAGUCUAGUAGUCAUAUUGGGAUAGAGGCUUCGUCGGAGUUCCUACGCAAUGACCCUGGAAAGCACUAUCAUCCCAGGUUGGGUUUUGGAUAUCCAAGCAGCUCUAAAAUGAUCCAGGCUGGGAAGCAGUGGAAUCGGUUACCCCCUCUAUGUUCAAAAACCCUUGAAUUUUCAAAACCAUCCGUUCAAAAUAAAUCAGCUGAUUGGUACGUGUUAGAUUUCUGCGACACAUCACCAUGCAUAGAGAAGAUGGAAGAAGUUCUGUUUCAAAUGAAGUUCGUGUAUUCAGAGCUGCAUCAUAUGAGACUAUGGGCUAAAUCUCCUAGUGGUACUGUAUCAGAGUUAGCCAGUAUCGAACCAAGAUUGAAAGGGAGCAAGGUAAAGGAAGUUAUGGCAACAUUUCGGUCCAACCACUUUUGGGGAGAGAAGAGCGAAGGUAGCUGGCAUGUUUAUAUCGGAUGCAAUAUUUCCAAAGAGUCUGAAUAUCAAUAUAACAAUUGUCAAGUAGUUUCUGCUUGUUUAAUAUUUUACGGUACAAUUAAAAGUGGAAAAUCGAUGAACAACUGCGACGUGGACACAGGCCCCAUAUUUAUCCAUGACAAAGUGAUAAUAUCAUCAAUAUCCGACAGCCCAUAUACCACAGAGGGAACAACAUCUACAACGGCUACUUCUAAUCAAACCAACGUGAUAAUUGGAACUUUGGUUGGGGUGUUGGUAGGUGCAGCGAUUGUAAUAACAGUACUUAUUGUUAUAAGCAAGAUAUUCAUAAGACACCGCCAAAUCACGCGGACUUCAAGAAAUCCUUCAGAUGAAUCAGAAGCGCUAAAUGGAGAAGGAACUGCUUGCGAUGAAACUGAUUUUAAUACAUAAAAGAGUGACAAAACGAGUUAUUUUCAAAUGCCGUAUUGAUAACAAAGUUGAUUUGUAUUGCGUUUGUAACGCGACAUGUCUUAAACCUGGACGUGACAUUUAGAACUAUAAUACUACGACUAGAGUGCGUUUAAGUAGUUUGUCAAGUGCGCGUACCAAGUAUUUUAAACGAAUGCUCUCGUAUGCAAUAUUGAUUUACAACCUAUCUUUAAUAACAUUAUUGUAAAAGUCUGAGAAAUGUUUUAGUCGUAUAACAAAUAGUACUAUAUUGAUAUGUCUUGUUCAUCGCUGUGCUAAUGCGAUAUUGAUAGAAUGAUACAUGGUUAACUAUGGCUUUUGGUUGAUAAUUGCCCGAGUGCUAAGAAUAAUUGCCCAAUGAUAAUUAUUUUUACUGGGGCAUUUAGAGCAAUCAUAAAUAUAAUUCAAAAUUGACCUUUUUGAAAAUGAAAGAUUGUAUACUACUUUUGUCGACAUAGUGAAAUGUAUUUUCUAGAAGUGCAUUAUGGUUAAAGAUGUUCACAUAUGAAAUACAUUCAAAAUACUUGUUUGCAGCAUGUAUAAAAAAGUCAAAUCUUGUGUAAAAUCAAUGUCAUCAUAUUCUGAUUUCUUUAGUUACGCUUUUGGCUUGCGUCAAGGGGACGUUAAAUCCCCUUUAUUUGUUUCUUUAUUUGUAGAAGAUCUAGAGUUGUAUUAACAAAAUGAUAUUUAAUCUUGUCUGCACUUAGAUGAUAUUAAAACAUAUUUUUAGUAUUUGCUGAUGAAAUGUCGAUUGUAAGCAAAUCUCCUGAUAUUCAAAUUAAAUAAAAUAAUUUAUAAUUUCUUUUGCAAUGCAUGGAUAAUAGAUGUUAACACCAAUACAACUUAUGCUUUUUGUAAAAGAUGCAGGCUUUUGCUAAAACGAAUGACGGAAUUGAACAGGUCCGGACAAAAAAUAGGUGUUGUUUGUAAUUAUACUGGUAAUUCAAUUUUGAUUAUAUGUUAACUUUUUGACGCUUUUGUUGGCUCCAUCUUUAAUUACUCAGCAGAGGUCAUGGCUUUUACCUAAUCUCAGGAAUUAGAGAUAAUUCGUUUAAAAUGUUGUAAACUAUUUUGAGAGUUAAAACUAUUGCAUGUGAAUACGGUGAUUAAGGCAGAUUCCCCUUAUAUCUGCAUAGAUACAUACAUAUAUCAAAAUAUUGGUUCAUGGUUGUUACCACUGUCAAAACAGAAUAUAAAGAGCCUUGGUAUUUCUGCAAUAAGGUUUGUGUUUAAAAUGAUUUAAAACGAUGUUUGCUGAUUUUGGUUUAAACCACGUCUUUGAUAAAGGUCUCAUUGUUGAUGUACAUGUAUUUAUAGUAGCUUAUAAAUGUAGAUUAUAUGUUUUUUUAAACAAGAAUGGUUCAGAACAGUAGAAAAUAUUAGCGUAUUGGAGAUCUUGUUUAGAAUAUGCAAUUUACUUAGAUAUUAUACCAGGAAGUUUAAGAUUUUACUUAAGUCAAUUACGUUUAUCUGUACAUCCACUCAUAAUCAAACUAGUAGAUAUGCCAUAAAUAGCAUACCUAGAGCUCAAAUGUAUUGUCAAUGCUGUCAUUCCUUGGAUAUCAAAGGUGAGUUACACUUUACAGGUAUAUGUUCUUAUCUUGAUGCUCUUAGAAAGAAAUAUAUAAAAAACAUACUAUUCAUGUAGAACCGUCAGUUUUUAAGUAUAUCUAGUUAUUGAAUUCAACUAACAUAACGGAAUGAUAUUUGUGGUUAAGAAUCUCUAAUCUAAGAUCAAGCUUACUAAAUGUCAAUACUUAUUUAAUUACAUCAAUAAUAACAUGCAUGUGCAAAAUCUCAUUGAUUGUUGUUUUUUUCUACAUAAACGUAUUUUAUAAUUUGUAUGUAUUAUUGUUUUUUAUCAUUCUAUAUAAAGUUUGACAAAUUGUAUUAUAAAAUAUACAACAGUAUUUUGUGAUGAUGUAAUAGUAAAUCUAUUGUUUGUCUGUCUGUCCGUCUGUCUUAUCUGUAUAAUACAUAUGUGUGACAUUUUUCAAUGAUUUGAACAGGUUUUAUAAACUUAAUUGUGAAACAUAAUAGGAUUACCAAGAAGUAUGCAAUGUAAUAAAUAUGAGACAUAAAAAUUGGUU